CCGCCGGAGCAGAGGCGUUCUUGCCGUAAAAACCGGUAAAGAAACAGCUUUUCGCCGGGCAGCCAGUCGGCUGUUACCAAGAUACAAUGGUACUGUGGGUAAGGAAGAACGGUGGACGGUCACGGCUGCGAAAAUUCCCGAAGCUCCAAAACUUCAUUUCGCAUCCUGAGCACCGACGUAAACGUCCUACCUUGGAACUUUCCACCCCCUCAACGCUAAACGCUCGCAACUUUUCCCUCGUUCGACCCGACGACGCACCACCCAGGACCCGAUUGACCUCCUCAAUUGCCGUCCGCCGCACCCCGACCGUCUUCGAGUCCACCUUUUAAUUCCCCUUUCCUCCGAACCCCCGAGCGCACCCGGCCUCGCCAAACACCAACUCGUCCAAAAAUGUCGUCAAACGCUUCCAAGGCUGGAUCCAACGUCCUCCGGUACUCGGCCCUCGCCGCCGGUAUCUUCUACGGCUUCACCCACCAGAGGUCCAUCAGCGCCGCUGAGAAGGCCGCUGCUGCCCAGCGCGAGUACGAGCACAAGCAGGAGCUAAUAAACAAGGCCAAGGAGGCCUACGCCAAGUCCAAGCAGCCCGUUUCCGCCGUCUCUACUCCUAGUGGACUCAACCAGGAUCCCAUGAGCCCCAACUUCGACAUCGAGGCCUACUUCAGCGCGCUUCUUGCGAAGGCCUAGAUGGGGAAGCCGAGAUGAAGUUGUGCACGAAGGACGCAUGGAACGAGUUCAAGAUAGACGCGCUUCGCAUCGCAGGGAGGCAAUUAUCAAUGGGUUUAUUGGGUUUGAACGUC